AUGAAUACGUUACCAGCAAACAGAACAUUGAACACAUUCAAUGGUAAUAAUGCUAGACGAUCAAGUAUCUCAGCAAUACGUUAUGCUCGAUCGACAUCAUUAUAUUUCCCCAAUACAGAUACAGAUGAAGAAAGUCGUAGUCAAUUACUUACAAGUGAAAGUAUUGCGGAAACACGUAGAGCUGAAACAAUGAAUCGAUUAAAUCGUAUUGAUGUUAAAAGUGAAGGAUCUAGAAAUUUAACAAAUCCAUUAUUUGAUAGUAUGAGUAGUAUAGACCAACCAUGGUUACGUGGUUAUGGUCAAACUGUUGUGUUAUCUCCACCAAAAAUUAAUUUACCUGUUCAACAACAAAAUUCACACCAAUCACAACAACCAUCCUCCAUGGAACACGAUACCGCUAGUACCAUUCAAGAUAUGCAACAUUCAAUACGUUUACCUACACCUAGAAGUCCUAAUAUAAUGCAUGGAGGUUAUGGUGCCCUACCACCUUUACAUUAUGGUACAUCGAUAAGAGAUGGUUACGCGAGCAGUAGUGGAGGUGUUGGAAUUGGGGCAGGAGGAGUUGGCAGUGGAAUUGGGGGUGGUAGGAAAAAAACUAAAAAGAAAUUAUCAUGUUUAUCUUGUCUACAUGGAACUAAUAAAGUUGAAUCGUCAACAAACUUCUAUUCAUCAUCUGAUGACUUAAACUUAAUAGAUGACCUAAAUAAAUCAGAUGGACAUGAAGUGAAUAAGCGAGAACAACAACAAAAUCCAUACAUUAUCUGUUUGUCGAUUGUCUUCGCUUUGUUGGACAUUCUUUUAUUGAUCGGGUUGACUUUACUGAUAUUCUUUUUCAACUGUUCUGCUGAUGGAUGGUUGUACACAGACCCUAGAAUUCGAUCAAUUUGUGUUACUUUAUGGGCUGAUUGGAUACCUUUGUAUCAAAGAAAAUUUCAGUGUCCUGAUAUACCACCCGGUUAUGCAGAUAGCAUUAUUGGUAGUGGCAGUGUUAGUAAUAUCGGUAAUAUUGGUGAGUCAAAUCCUAAUCUGAAACCUCUAUUGGAACGUAUGAAUAUGCUUAGUAAACAACAACAAACUGCUGUAUCAUCAUCAUCGUCCUUCCCUACAUUAACUACACCUAACCCAUUAUCUCAACUAUCACAAUAUCAAUCAAAAUGGAAUAUUUAUGAUGUAAAAAGAGUUAAUCCAGAAUUUUGGGAUGGUGAUCUAGGAUUAAUGAUUCCACCAAAAUUAAUUAUUCCUUCUAUGGAACAACAGUUAUAUGGACCAAGAGAUACUGUUAAAUUAUAUGGUCGUAAUUAUCCAACAGAUAAACAAUUUAUACAAGGAAUGAAAAAUGAUCAUCAAUGGUUACAAUUGUCACAAUCACAAACUGAUCUUUAUCAUCAUAUGACAAUUAGUUCAAUUGUUACCUGUUCAAUAAUUAUACCGUUAAUACUAAUUUGUUUCUCAGAAAUCACUUUCUACUUCUUUAACUGUUGUCAAAUGUGCUUAACAAAAACUAAUUCAAAAAUAUGGGGUACUAUGAAAUUUAUUGGUCAAAUUUAUCGUCUAUUCAUUACUUACAUUUUUGGUCUUCUUACAACAAUGCUUUUAGUCUGGUUAAUUAAAGUUUCUGUUGGACGUCUUCGACCAGAUUUCAUUCAAAUAUGUCGUCCAUCUGAAAAUGUUUGUCCUAAAUGGUAUAGAAUAAUACAAAAAACACGUCAAUCUACAGAUGAACGCAGUGCAAUUGAAUCAGAUCCACAACUGUUAGAUUUAAUCGUUGCACAAUUAGCUAAACAAGGUAAAUAUUUAGUUACAGUAGCUACAACACCUUCUCCGGAAUCAUCAACUGGUCACCUAUCAGAUGGAUUAUUUACAAAUGCAGAUUGUAUGGAGAAUAAUAUUUUAAAACUUAAAGAGGCUAGAACGUCAUUUCCUUCACUGGGAGCAGCUGUUUCGAUGUAUGCAGCAAUUUUUGUGACAGUAUAUAUUACUGCAUUAAUGAAAUAUUUUCGAGACGCCUGUCUUUGCAUUCCAUUUUUAUCAUUGCUUGGUGUUAGUCUAAUUGCUCUAAUACUCGGUGUCAAUAGAGCCAUUUACAGAAAUAAUUGGUUUGAAGAUAUUUUAGCCGGUUGGAUUAUCGGUAUUUGUAUAGCUAUAUACGUUUGUUUCAAAGUUUUAUACAAUCGUGACAAAUCGAAUGAUUUAACUAAUUAUGAUUUAAAUCGUCGUUUGCAUAGAAUUCAAACUUUAAUUCAAACUCAUCAUGAUUAUAAACAAUCUGAGUUAAAAAUGAUGAAAUAUUUGUGA